AAACGAUAAAAUAGCAAUAUAGAUUACUCCUUUUAUUUACAUCGGAAAUUGAAUUACAUAUUGUUUUGAAUCUGAAUACUUCACGAGUAUUUCUAAACUUGUAUACCACGUUUUAAAUCUACAAAAACUAGUUUAAUCGGUACAUUUGGAAAAUAAUGAUUCUAAUAAUACUCUAUCAAGUGUGACUCAAUAAGCGUUGAAAUUAAGUAUAAAUUAGAGAUGACACGAUGAAAAAGGUACUGAAUAUUCCAAUUAUUUGCAUCUUAUUACAAGGCAGUCUAACACAGUUUUUUAACUAUCAGCCAUUUUGGCAAAAUAGAUUAAUGCAAAGAGAUUAUCAAUGGUAUGACAAUUAUUACGUUCCAAAUAAGGAAUUAACUCAUAAAGAAUAUAAACGAAGAAAUGUAGACAUUUCAAAAGAUUAUAUUGAUGAUUUCAAUUACAGAGAACAGUGUAAAUGUUUUUGUAGUAAAUGCAACGGCCACAAUAAAUGUUGCAAAUCUUAUUGCAGAAAUUGCCAACGCACGGUCGCUCCUCAGUCGAAUCUAAUUCUAUUUCCUUACCCCGUGCCAGUAAUUGUAACUGAUAAUUUAUUAAAUAUUAUUACUACCACUGCUAUAACUACAGAAACAAAGAAACUAGAAAACGCUACUGCAACUUCUGCAUCAGUAAGAAAACUUCUUAAACCUUCUUCAUCGACAACAACAACAGAGAAGCUAUCAACUGUAACCAAUAUAAAAAUAAAUGAGACAUCAUCGUUAAAUAUUUACACUACAAUAAAUGAGGAUAUUUUGCCGCUAAAAACAAACGAUAGAGAAAAAGCUAUCUUCACAAAGUCUAUAUGUCCUGCAUGGGAAAACAAGGAUUAUUAUACUUCACUAGAAAUGGACAACUUUAAGAAAACAACUAAAAAGAAAUUUAAAACUAUUAAAUGUGUGACAAGCGGUAAAUGUUUGGACGUUAAAUCAGGAAAGAUUAGAAACAAAGUAACACCAAAAGACUAUUACACGUUUGUAAAUAGACCUACGAUUGGAUUAUCGCAAUAUAGAGCGAAAAAAUAUAGUGCGAAACCAUUGGGACGUCGCACUGCAUCUGACUGGGUACCCAAGUAUGGAAUUGUACCCAUUCCUGACAAUUUGGCCAUAAAUUUUAUGUCCCAACUGAAAGCUUUUGGAAAACGAGAAGUUUUAUAAACUUAUACAUUAAAACAUUAAUGUUCCGUUCGAUUUUAGUUUUAAAUGGAAGUUAUACAUUUGUGGGCGAAACACGUAACCUACCUGAUUGAAUAUAACAACAGUUAUUUACCACUUAAGUAUUUGUUUAUCAUAUUAUAAUAUUAAUUUAUAUUUAUUUAAGAAAAUGGAAAAUUUCACAAUCGUUCAUGACACUGACACAAUUUCCAAGAAUGUCACUGACACUUCACUUAUCCUUGAAAUAUCACAAUUAUGUAAAUUAGGUAUAUGAUUAUCGAUUUAACAAUGUUUAGACAAUGACCAACGACACAUUCAGCGUGGCUUGACCUUUCAGAAGGCGGCGAGACUGCGCGCGAGUCGUGCGGGGUCACCAACGAUGUAUUUUUAGAGUUGAAAGUUCAAAAUACGUCGGUUAUUCACGCGCUGCGCGUCUCUCUUCCGCCGGUGUAAAAUCGAAUUUCAAUCAAUAGAACAGAAAUUAAUUUGCAAUUAAGAACAACUAAAUCCGUGUAGGUACCACUGUUACUAAUCCUAUCAAACAUUCUAUAUCUUGCUAUCUAAUAAACAGUAGGUAAAAGGCCUAUGACUAACGGGCAUCUUUAUCAAUUGUUCACAGCCAAAAUAAUCUCAAUAUCUACUUAGAUUUAUACUUAAACUCCAUUAAUAAUAAACCAAAUAAGAAUUUCAUUGAUUAAAUCCGGUAAGAAGUUAAUCUUCAAUUUCUAAGAAAACGACUAAAAUUUCAGGCUCUAUUCUCAAUCCGUGGAAAAUUCAAAUUGCCUAAUUACUUUACUAUCACUGGGUAAUCCUUCGGGACCGCAGAUGUCCUUAAUCUAUGACAUAGCAACCAACUAAUUAUAUUUAAUAAUUGUAAAACAAUGAGACCUAGAGAAUGAAAUAAUAUAAAUGUAGUUAAAGCCCAUGAUAUUAUAAUGAAACG